AUGGCAUCUUCCUUUUGGCUCCGUGGAGCCACCUCCGGCCUCCGGCAGCGGCCGGCUGCAGGGGUGUCUUCUAGGUCAGUGGCCUCUAAGACUCCAGUUGGAUUCAUUGGACUAGGCAACAUGGGAAAUCAGGGCAAAAAUCUCAUGAAACAUGGCUAUCCACUCGUUAUUUAUGAUGUGUUCCCUGAUGCAUGCAAAGAGUUUCAAGAAACAGGUGAACAGGUAGUGUCUUCUCCAGCAGAUGUAGCUGACACAGCUGACAGAAUCAUUGCAAUGGUGCCCACCAGUCUGAAUGCAAUAGGAGCUUAUUCUGGAGCAAAUGGAACUGUAAAAAAAGUGAAGAAAGGCUCAUUAUUAAUAGAUUCCAGUACUAUUGAUCCUUCGGUUUCAAAAGAGUUGGCCAAAGAAGUUGAGAAGAUGGGAGCAGUUUUCAUGGAUGCCCCAGUUUCUGGUGGUGUGGGAGCUGCCCGGUCUGGGAGCUUCACGUUUAUGGUGGGAGGAGUCGAAGACGAAUUCGCUGCUGCCCAAGAGUUGCUGGGCCGCAUGGGCUCCAGUGUGGUGCACUGUGGCGCUGUUGGGACCGGACAGGCUGCAAAGAUCUGCAACCACAUGCUGUUAGCUAUUAGCAUGAUUGGAACUGCCGAAGCUAUGAAUCUUGGAAUCAGGUUAGGGCUUGACCCAAAGCUAUUAGCUAAAAUCCUAAAUAUGAGUUCAGGAUGGUGUUGGUCAAGUGACACUUGCAAUCCUGUACCUGGGGUGAUGAAUGGAGUUCCCUCAGCCAAUAACUAUGAGGGUGGAUUUGGAACAACACUCAUGGCUAAGGAUCUGGGGUUAGCACAAGACUCUGCCACCAGCACAAAGAGCCCCAUCCUCCUGGGCAGCCAAGCCCAUCAGAUCUACAGGAUGAUGUGUGCAAAGGGCUACUCAAAGAAAGACUUCUCGUCCGUGUUCCAGUUCCUACGAGAGGAGGAGACCUUCCGAGUUGGCACUUUGGCCAUGGACACUGUUGGAAACCAAACUCUGUCUCGGAGCCUCCUUACAGCCCACUCCACAGGUAAAUGA